AUGGUAGGCGUCGAGACGGUGGUGCUCAAGCCGAGCCUCGAUUCUGAGUUGUGUCCGGUCUGUGGAGACCGUGUCUCCGGCUAUCACUACGGACUUCUCACCUGCGAAAGCUGCAAGGUUAGUUUUUUCGUUCUGACGUCACCGCCUCCGUCCGGCUGAUAACAGACGAGAGUGAGAGUCAGGGACACACUCCGACUCAGGGUCAGCCGAGCCCAAGGCCAAAAAGUGACCUCAGGGCGAUUCUCUCUUGAUCGCUCCAUUGACAUGAUUUCUGUUUCAGGGUUUCUUCAAACGCACCGUCCAGAACAAGAAGGUUUGUUUUGUCUUCCCUAACUUUUUUUUUUACUUUUUUUGCUUUUUUCUUUGCUUCACCUUUUCGGGGCUUCCCAUUGGUUCCAUGAUUCCCUUCCAUACACUCGUUUCUCACCGCAUUCAAUUUAAAUUAAAUUUUGAAGGUGACGUUUUUUAUUUCUCAUAAUUUAUUGAGCGUACAAUUCUAACCCACUUUCACAAAAUAUAGCCAUUUUAAUUUUUUUAUAUCUGUUUAUUUCAUAAAAUACUUCUCCAAUUUGGAAAGUGCAGCUUCUUGAAUUUUCUUUUGAAUUUUCUUAAUAAGUCAAAUUUUAUCUGUGAAGAAUACUUCAUUUCUUUUUGCUCAAUUCAGUUUACUGUUUCAACUUUUCUGCCAAAUUUAGGCAACAAAAAAAAACACUUUCUUGACACAUUUCUUAUUUUUGCAGCAGUACCAAUGCUCUGCAGAAGCAGACUGUCACGUUGACAAGUCCUGCCGGAAACGGUGUCCUAGCUGCAGGUUCCAAAAGUGCAUCGCCAUGGGAAUGAAAAUGGAAGGUUCGGUUCAUCUUAUUCCAGCCUAAUCAGUCGGCGCAUCAAGCUUUUUUUAUUGCCAAAGACGAUUCACGCGCCACGGAAGCCUGCUGCAUUUUGCUUACACCAAAUGUUGCGUCGUUGGAUGGAAAUCAAAUUGCGCAAGCUUAAAAAAAUUCAAUAGACGUGCAAGUUUGGAAUAAAUAAAAAACCGGUAGUUGCGAUCGAAAUCGAUUGUUAGGUCGACGUCAUGUCUUUUUUAUUUGAUUAUUUAAUCUCCAACUUGAUGAUAUUGCUGUUUCUCUUCUUCAGUUUUUUUCAAUAACUUUUUUUAAAAGUACUCAAACAGUUCUUGAACACUUUUCUGCUUACUGUAAGUGGAGCGCUAAACUUUGGCAAGCGCCUGGGAGAGAGAAUUUUCCUCUUCAGAACCAAAAAAAAAAAACGACGGCGGACGUUUUUUCGUGCACACCUUGUGGCGACCCUACGGUAAGAGGUACAAAGAAACGAGCCGCUCAUGCGUUUUGCCGACUGCCACUGACGCAGCCGGCUGAUAAUUAUAGGCGCUCGGAUGUGUAUAGGCAUGAGUUUUUUUGCGGGUUUUUCCACGGACCCUUCUAAACCUGUGUGGCGGCGCCCUUUGACAAGAGCCGGCUCCGGUCACUUGACACCACCCGACUACAAAUGGUACAUGAACAAUGCGUUCGCGCGCAAAUUGCGAGGCUCGAAGUGCCAAAAGUACUGGGCUCGGAUUGUUUGGAAACAAGGCCUAAUUGCUAGUUUAAAACUGUCAAAUCAGAGGGCGUGAACUUUAGAAAAAAAUAGUAAACGAAAAUCUCGUGUGCGGAUACUAAAAAAAAUAUAGUUGGAUUAGUGAAAAAAACUACAAAAUACUUCGAGUGUCUGCAGGUUUUUCACGAUUUUAUUAAAAGUUCUUUAUUUUGCCACUCAAACGUUUCCAUAGCUUAGUUUUUGAAUGACUCAUUCUUGAUGAAUUUUGAGAAGUUUCGUAUCUUACUUAUUCAAGCAAGUCUGAAAAAAUUGAACUUUAAAAACGCAAUAUUUUAAAAUUUUGAGCAACUGCCUAAGCAAAAAGAGUUUUUAAGCUGUACGAACCGAUCGUCAGAGAGGAGGCAGAAACAAAUUCGGCUCCUUCUACAAACGAGAUCGAGCUCACCGUCUUCAAAGAAGUGCAAUGCGAGUGAAUUCCAUCGUUCCCAAUCAUGCUGCUACCUCUUUUUACCCAGAUCAUCAAGUUAGCAGCAGGUUAAUCUUUUGUGAAAAGUUCCUUUUUUAAUAUGGGCGUUUCAGUACGCCGGAUCAGAGCUCACAAAUUCAGUACUUCGAUACUCAACCCAAAGUAAAAACCGAAUACAAAGUUGAGUAUGACGCACUACUUCAGAGUCCGACUCUUUCUAGCAGUACACAUCAUCCGAGUGAGUUUUUGAUUUUUUUUUUUUGGUUUUCUAUCAUACGCAAGUUCAAUUUUUUUUUGCUUCUGAAAAUCUAAUACUGAAGAUCUAAAAAAUUUUUUUCAAAUUAUUGACCAUGAAAAAUGAAAAAAGUUCAGACUUCUUUCUUCGACCAAACGGCUACAUUUCGGAGCAGGACAGUCUGGCGGCACUCCUUGGUUCAUCGAUAGACGACCCUCUUCUGCGCUCGCAGGCUUUCCCCAUGUAUCCAUCGACCAUCAAGCAGGAGCCUUUCGAGUACUCCGAACAGUUCCUGCACCCGCACAUCGACUACUCGGCCUUUCACUCGACUGCCAACUACGCCGCCAUGAUACCCACAGCCCAAGUGACUUCAGCUCAAGUCACUAGUACCACCAGUAAACUAGCCAAAAUAUUCCGCGAUACGAGCUGCAUCAUAGAUUCCGGAUCUGCUUCGAGUCGCUCCUCGCCUGUAUUGCCAGUCUGUCCAGUUCCUACUGAGAAAACCGUCGACCUCUUCUACAACAGCACUUUGGCCGAGAUGUGCAAGUGCUUGCCGGACGAUGCUAGGUCAGUUUCGUUUGGAUAAACGGCUGUUGUGUAAAUCCCAACCAUGAUCCAGAACACCUCUGCAAAAGAAAGUAUUCUAAGUGUUUCUUUAAAUUUCGAAAAGCAAAAAAAAGUUUUGUAGCAUUCAUCUAUUUUCACAGGAUUGAUCCUCUUUGAGCUUUCUCCGAUUUUUCUUAAACUUCCAAUAAAACAUUUUUCAGUCUUGGAAAACUUUCUUUUUUAACUUCUCAUUGGAGUUAAAAAGGAAGCAAAUUCGAGUUUACCAUAGCAAAGCACGGAAGAUUUGUAACUCAUCGUUUCUGUUCCUCAAUCUAUGAGGGAAUUUUCAAAUUUUCGAAAAUGCUCUGAUUAUUUUUUUCACUUUUUUUCCACUUUUCAAAGAGUUUUCCAACUUAUUCAGAGUAAAUUUUGAAUCAAUUAAUAUGUUUUUGGUUGUUUUUAGUCAGGUGGAAUCGAGUCUUAACCUUUCUGAACUUGAGUUUUUUUAAAUGACCUAUUUUUUAAAUAUAUUCUUAACUAAAUAAUCUUUUUUUCAAGUUCGAAACAGUUUCUUUAUUUUUCAGGAUAUUCCGGAUGAUUUCAAAAGUGAGCAAGACAGUCAAACCAGAACCUCUACGGUUCGCUCUUGAUGUCGCCGAAGAAAACCUGAAAGAGCUGGUCGCUUGGGCUAAAACGGAUCACUUCUUCAGCAAAUUGGAGGUAUCCUCCAGUUUUUUUACUGCCGGAUAAAUUAAUUUGAUGCGCAUCCAAUUACCGGGGCUGUGUGAAAGUGAUGUUUACACACGGCUACUGUAGCGUCCUUGGAGAAUCCCGCCGGUCCAAAAGCGGUAAUAUCCGGCAGACCGGAGGGACCAUCAAAGGCCUACAGUUCAUCCUCAAAAGAAUGGACCCCAAAUUGCACUUCACCGAAAACGCAUCGGCCGCCAUUGUGUGCCCGACCGGUGGCAGGAAACAAAUGGAGAUUCUUUUUGUUCUAGAUGGAUGACCAGAUGAACUUGCUGCAAGCCUCGUGGGCCACCAUUCACAUCAUCGACGUGUCGUUUCCGCUCAUCAAAGGAGAAUUACCUGUAUCCUUCAAAAUGUCGAACAAUGUCGAGUGAGCAUCUUCACUUUCUUUUUGAUUGAAAAUUUCUCUCUUCUAGAGUUUCUUGAUAUACUCGCAGUAAUAGACAAACGUGAGACUCUAGAUAUAAUACUAAAAAAGAAGAAAAAAAAACGAAAAAUGCAACGAGUUUAAUUUAUCCUUUUGUCCUACCAAACAUGUUCCGUUUUUACUUUUUAAAAUUAAUUUUGAUUGUGAAAGUAAGGUUUUUUUUGUUCGUGUUUUGGAUGUUUCUGAAUAAUGCACAUAAUAUCUCACUGUACCAACCAAUGUUAUUCUUAAAAAAACUCAAACUGAAAUACUUUUUCAGAUUCUUUUAUGUUCGUUGAAAUCGAAAAAAAGGCUUUCAAAGUUGACUAAAUGGCAUUUCUUGAAAUUUUUUUUUUUUUUUUUUGGUUAAAAGUUAGAAAGUUCAAUUAAAUUCAAACGAGCUUCAUUGAAUUUCGCGGAUUUUUUUUUCGAAUACCCACAAAUUCCUUCUAGACUUGAAACUACCACAUUUUCGAGAAAUUUUCAAACUUCGAAAGGUUCUAAUAACUUAAGAAGGACCUUUUCUGAAAUUUUUUCGAGUCUUUCACGCUUCUAAUUCAAUUUCACAGCUCAUAAAACUCAGUAAUAUCUUAAUUGGUGGUAUCCGUUGAAUUUUCUCUCACGACGCAAUAUAUUGCGCAGUGAAGUUAUUAAGAUGGUUUGAUGACAAAACAGUCGGUGGUAGCCGUCCACCGGCUCUUUUCGUCUCACCGCCGAACGGUUUAUGCUCUUGCGAUAUCUUUUCGGAGCAUCCAUCAAACGUUUACGUGACGCCGAGAUCUGUAUCUUAUAAUUGUCUCAAAGUGAAAGCAGUAUAAGACCAAAAAGGUGGAGGUCCGCUCCGCUAGAUGUGCCGAGAUAUAUCGGGGGAGUACGAGAAAGCGGCGCAAAAAAGGAGGAGAUAUGACGUAGGAGAAAGUUUACGACUGAGAUUGGUCGUUUGAUAGCGGGGAUUAUAGGUAGCCGGACGGUAGCCUGGGAGCCAAUGGCAGGUUAGGAGGUUAGGCAUCGAACCUGCCGCCUUUUGGGAAUUUAAAUUGUAAAUCGACAUGUUUUUUUAUUUUUUAAUCUUAAGUGUUUGAAAAAAACAUUACAACUCUAGAGAGAGCUAAUUUAUAAUCUCUUGAAAUCGAUAAAUAAUUGAGUUUUUAGUGUGAACACUGGAUUCAUCGCAAUGCUCGGACACUCGAACAACGUCGCCAGAUGGGCAGACAUCGUCAACCGCCUUCGUCAGCUCGGAUUCUCGCGUUACGACUACUGUGCCUUCCGAUUCUUGGCUCUUUUCCACGAACAAGGUUUGAUUCUUCCGCGACAGCUUCUAACAAUCUCAAUUAAUUUGAAGGUGAGCGGCUGGCCAAAAACCAACCCCUCGUCAACAGCGUACGCCAUCAAGUUAUCCAGUCAUGGCGUGAAGUGCAGUGCACUAACACUUUUUUCGAAAUUUUCGAACAAAUCAGGUAUGUCCGAGGAAUUUCGUGACUUUUGCCCUCUGACUUGACCCAUUCUGGAAAAAGGAACGCGAAGCUUUUUUCUUCGAACUACCAAAAGACUGUUAUAGUUCAAACAGAAACAGUUUUCAUUGUUUUGAGAGAACGCAUAAAUUGGUUACCGGCCGAACUAUGUUUGAUGUGUCCUUGAGUUGGACGAAAUUACAGUGCUGGCAUUUCGGCUCUGAUGGCAGCGCUCCUGCCCAUUAGCAUUUGCAUGCCAUAAUUAGUGUUUUGGUGGUCCUACGGUAAGGGAUUUUCUGUACCGUAAAAGACGCCUUUCCCACACGUCGAUUUGCAUACUUUUUUGCGCUAAAUAAUAGGGCCAGUAGCAGGUCAACGGGCCUAAUCUACAGGCAGCUCUAAAUGACAGCCCGAACAAUUGGUCGAACUUUGGCAUAAUGACUGCAAGACAAGUGCUGGGAUUAGAAGUCCUAACGAAACAAUAUGCAUGUUUCUGGAGAAACGCGUUGCCGCUCAGCGGGACGCUUCUAUUCAAACGGCCAUUGAAGUUCGUGACCGGCUCAGACCGGGCAAAAAAGCGUUUAAUUGCCGUUCCUGUUGUUUCAACUCCCCAAAAAACUUGUCUUUCUGGGAACUCGGAGUAAUAGCUUUGGAGACUUAAGCGAAAUAUUCUCCAAUCUCGAGUAUGUGAGAAGAAAAUAAUCAAAUUCUUGCACUUAGAUGUGAAGAAAAAAUUGUGAAACUUUCAAAUAUUGUGUGUAUUGUUCAAAAAAGAGCGUUAGAGAACUACGUGAGAACUGUAUUUUACCCUUCCUCCGAUUUUUUUCUCGACGUCGUUCCAAUCUGAGAGAAUUUCAUCACUUUCUUCGAGAAAAAAAGUCAAAGUGUACAAAAACGAUCUUUAACACAUCGGCCUUGACAGAAAAAAGUUCCCACAAAUGGCAAUUGUUUGAAAGCUAUCAAUGGUUAUAGGAAAAAAAAAGUCAUUUAUUAAUGAGAUACCGUAGUUCUAUUUUUUAUGAGUAUGCAAAGGGCAUUUUUGAUGGUUCUUUUUUUCAGAAGCCUUGCUUCCGCCUCGCAAGAGUUCCUUUGCGAGAGAUACCGAGCAGGUGACCUGGAGAUCUACAAUUCAACUUCUUUGCUUUGCGAAAUGCUCAGAACCCAUCAUCACACGGUGACGUAUGGCGCCCCAACUUAUCUUGUCCGUUGA